UUUGAAAGACAUAAAUACACCGGAGCUGGUUCACCAACCAAGUACCAACUUCUCUUGUCACAACAAUGUCUGGUCGUCCAAGUCGCGCCAAAUCAUGGCGUAUGGCGUCCUCCCUGUCUCUGUUUUUCCUUGCAUUCCUUGCAAUCAUUUGUUUCUGUCCCGCUGUCGCAGCAAAUUCUAACAGUGAAUACGGUACGGUUAUAGGCAUAGACUUGGGAACCACUUAUUCUUGCGUCGGCGUUCAACGUGGCGGUCGUGUCGAAAUUAUCGCCAACGACCAGGGUCACCGUAUAACACCCUCAUGGGUCAGCUUCACUGAUGACGAGCGGCUAGUUGGUGAUAGCGCCAAGAACGCGUUCCAUUCAAAUCCGACUAACACUGUCUUUGACGCCAAACGUCUCAUUGGCCGAAAGAUGGACGACCUGGAAUUAAAGAAGGACAUGAAGCACUUCCCUUUCAACGUUGUUGACAAGGGGGGUAAACCAGCCAUUUCCAUUGGUUUCAAGGGUGAAACCCGCCAAUUUACUCCGGAAGAGAUCAGCGCCAUGAUCCUUACAAAGAUGAAGGAGACGGCAGAGGCCUAUCUCGGCGAGAAGGUCACCCACGCGGUAGUAACAGUUCCUGCAUACUUCAAUGACGCCCAGCGUCAAGCCACGAAAGAUGCCGGUACGAUUGCUGGGUUAAAUAUUCUCCGUAUCAUCAACGAGCCCACUGCUGCCGCUAUCGCCUAUGGUCUUAACAAGAAGGGCGGGGAGUCCCAAAUUAUUGUCUAUGACCUUGGAGGAGGAACUUUUGAUGUCUCCUUGCUCUCGAUCGACGAUGGUGUUUUCGAGGUCUUGGCAACUGCUGGUGACACGCACCUUGGUGGUGAGGAUUUCGAUAACCGCGUCAUCGACCAUCUUGUCAAACAAUACAAGAAGAAGACCGGCACUGAUGUCACCAGCAACCUCCGCGCCAUGGGCAAGCUGAAGCGCGAGGUUGAGAAGGCCAAGCGCACUCUGUCCAGCCAGCAGUCGACCCGCAUCGAAAUUGAGUCCUUCGAGGACGGCAACGACUUUUCGGAGACGCUCACUCGCGCGAAGUUUGAAGAGCUAAACAUGGAUCUGUUCCGUAAGACCAUGAAGCCCGUCGAGCAGGUACUCAAGGAUGCGAAGAUCAACAAGGAGAACAUCGAUGAGGUUGUUCUUGUUGGUGGUUCGACCCGCAUUCCCAAGGUUCAACAGCUCCUCAAGGAGUAUUUCGGCAAAGAAGCGUCGAAGGGUAUUAACCCCGAUGAGGCUGUCGCUUACGGUGCCGCUGUCCAGGGCGGUAUCCUCUCUGGUGAAGAGGGCACCGAAGACGUGGUCUUGGUGGAUGUCUGUCCUUUGACACUUGGUAUCGAGACCACGGGUGGUGUUUUCACCAAGCUCAUUCCCCGUAACACUGUUAUUCCCACUCGCAAGUCACAGAUCUUCUCAACGGCAGCUGACAACCAGCCCACUGUUCUAAUCCAGGUCUUUGAGGGCGAGCGCUCGUUGACCAAGGACAAUAACCUACUCGGCAAGUUCGAACUCUCGAGCAUUCCCCCUGCUCCUCGUGGUGUUCCUCAGAUCGAGGUCACCUUUGAGAUCGACGCCAACGGUAUCAUGAAGGUCGGUGCAUCUGACAAGGGAACUGGUAAAUCCGAGUCAAUCACGAUCACGAACGAGAAGGGUCGUCUUUCCAAGGAGGACAUUGAGCGCAUGGUCCGCGAGGCUGAAGAUUUCGCCUCAGAGGAUGAAGCCAACCGCAAGCGCAUCGAGUCACUCAACUCCCUCUCCACGUUCGUCUACGGACUCAAGUCCCAACUCGGUGACCAGUCUGGCCUUGGUGGCAAGAUUGACGAUGAUGACAAGAAGACCAUCCUUGCCUCGAUCAAGGAGGCCACGGAGUGGAUUGAUGAAAAUGGCCAGAGUGCUACCACUGAGGAGUUCGAAGAGAAGCUGUCGGAGAUUCAAAGCGUCGUCAACCCCAUCACGAGCGAGCUCUACAGUGGAGGUGCCAGCGAGCCUGAGGAUGAUGGACCUUAUUAUGACCAUGAUGAGCUGUGAGGCGGGCGCGGUGGGAUAAUCCCGAUAAAAGUUGUACGUCAGUAUCGGUAACAUAGAGCCAUAUUAUUUCAAUGGACGCAUUCCAACUUCUACAAUGCCUCGCGGAAAUGAGCGAUAUAUAUGCGCGCCAUUCCUUGCGUGAUGAAAAUUUUCGGUUAUUCGCAGUUUCCACUUGAUCGCCCUCCGUUAGGAUUUAUGAACUGCCCUUCAAGUACGUCUCUCGAUCGAGUUAUUGGUAGUUGUCUCGUAGUAGUCAAUUGUCUGUCAAUACACGCGUUCCAGGAAGCGGUGUUCUGCCGGUCGCGGCUAUUAGUGUGCAGUACUAUACUUUCGUUU